CGUCAUUAAGUAUCAGUCCAGAAAACGUCAGUGGAAAUUAACAGUUCUAACAAUCGCGCGUGUUUCAAUUUGUUUAGCCUGGAAGACCCCCAAAUAUUUCUGUAAAUUAAUUUUUUUUGCCAACGUAGACAUAAUGCCACUUAAAAUUUCUUCUACCUUAUGUGCUAAAUACAGAAAAAAAGUGUCUACGUUUAGCAGUCCAGUUGAUCAAAUUAAUUAAAUACUUAACUUGCCAGACAUAUUUUGUUCUGUUUCGCAUUAAAUUCUUUGCUUAUUAGAGACUAUAAUUAACAAUAUUUUUACCUUCAAUGAUCCAGUAUCCAUGUUUUCUAAAAUAGAAACAAAUAAAAACGAGUCUUUGACUCGUUUCUAGUCAAUUUAUUGAACCAGGAACUAUAAACAAGAAAAAUCCUCCAAGAAAUUGCAAAGUAUAUUUAUACCUUUGAAACUCUUUACGUGUCAAGAGCAUUUCAUAAAAUAAAUAUUGUUCAUCGAAUAAUAAAUUGUCACGUGCUUUGUUUUAGAAAAGCCUGAAGGUUGCAUGAUAUUAAUAAUCCAGAAAAAGUUUCACCUAAAAUCAAUCAUGUGUAAAAUUUAAAGACAAUAAUGUAAAGACGAAUAUCAAAACCUACACAAUAAAGAAAAUUGGAAAAAUCUCUCACGGCAUUUCAUGAUAGAGAUAAGACACAUUUUUUCCACGUCUUAACUCCUGAAAAGUAGUCAUAAACAAUUGAUAAACACAAUGUGACAAUUAUCACUAAAUAAACUCAUAUCAGUCCGGUAAUUGGACCUGAAAUGACUGAUUGCCUGAUUAGAUGUCCAUCCACCAAUCUGCAUUAAAGUUCAUAUCAUAAUCCAUUAAGCUACCUUGGGAAAAAUAGAAGCUCUUCAUACUGAUCAACAGCUUAAGUUAGAGCCAAUUGAGAAAUUACUUGUGUAGAAGUUGUCGCACAUUCAAGAUGAAACUUUUACUCGCUUUUCUGUGUCUCAUCGCAUCUUCCUUGUGCCAAGAACUUGAACCAAUAGUUCUUGUUCAUGGCGGAGCAGGUUUUACUUCAGAUGAGCGAGACCCAGAGAAAUUUGCAGGGACUAAAUUAGCUGCCCGAAUGGGCUUUAAAGCCCUAAUGGAGACGGGAUCGGUAUUGGAUGCCGUAGAACAAGCUGUAAGGAGUAUGGAAUUGAAUGGAGGCUUUAAUGCCGGCUACGGAGCUGUACUCACAAUGAACUGGACAGUGGAGAUGGAUGCCAGUAUCAUGGAUGGAAGAGAUUUGUCUGCUGGAUGUGUAUCAGGUGUUCAGGAUAUUCUACACCCAAUAUCCUUAGCUAGAUUGGUUAAAGACCGAACUCCACACACUUUCCUCUCGGGUGAGGGCCUCUUGGACUUUGCAAGGAAACAAAAUGUCCACAUUCUCUAUCCACCUGGACAGAUGGCCUCUGAGAGAGCAAAGGCAUCGCUGCAAAAUUGGCUGGAUAGUCAAGCAGCAAAUCCAGGUAAUACAGAAAUUUUUGGCGAACCAGGAACUGUCGGAGCAGUAGCAAUGGAUGCUUUUGGAAAUCUAGCAGCUGCUACAUCAACAGGGGGUAUCACAGGCAAAUAUUCUGGACGUGUAGGAGAUACUCCCCUCUUGGGCAGUGGAACAUAUGCAGAUAACCGAUAUGGAGCCGUUUCAACAACAGGACAUGGAGAAAGUAUCAUGAAAAUUAAUCUAGCCAAGGAUAUCAUUAACCGAAUUGCCUAUUUAGAAAUGGAUGUUCAGAAUGCCUCAAUGUAUUCUGUUGAAGAGAUGACAGAACUACUAGACAAUACAGCUGGAGUGAUUGCUUUAGAUUCUCAAGGGAAUCCCGGAAUUUAUACAUCUUCUGGAAAAAUGUCUUGGGCUUAUCAAAGAGGGGAUACAAUUCACUACGGCAUUCGUCCUGAAGAUCAUUUUACCGAGGAAGCAUAAAAUAUUAAUUUAACAUGCUUUCACAAUGUAAAGUAAAAUAGCAGCUUUGUAAAUUUUAAAACAGCUAGAGAAGUAGCUUUGUAAAAAAUCACUUACGAUUACAAUUCAGAAUAAUAAAGUGAAAUAAAGAAACAGAUAAGAAA